AUGACGACUGAUUCAAGUCAUCCUUAUGCUACAUUUCCCACAAGUCCUGGACGAGGCUCUCAUGGUUUACGACCCUACUAUACGCCCGGAGUCAACAAUGGCAACAAUUUCAACUAUACCUCUAUUACAUCUACUCAAGAUCCAUAUUAUGCACCCAAUGACUAUGAUGAUCUAAUUGAUUCUCGUGCGGCUGCUCGUGAACUAAUCAAUUUCUCCGUGUUGAAGUUCUUGACAACGGCAGUUAGCAAUCCAUUCGAAGUUUCCAAAACACUCAUGCAAGUACAGUAUACACCUCAUGAAGAUGUUGAAGUACUUCCCAGUGAUAGUCCUACUUCUGGUUAUGAAGAUAAUGAUGAACAAGACAAUGAAAAGGCAAAAGACGAUGAAGAUGAUUUUUAUGGUGAACAUCAACGACGAAGACGUAGACAUUCAGAAGACAUACCAACUAGUGCUUCUUUAGACGUGGAUGAUCCCAUCUUUCGACAAAAACAAGUUCUGGAUGGUAGUGGUUAUGUGGUACGCACCAGUGUUUAUGAUGAUGCUACUCGACCUUCUUAUCAGAUCAAACCGAUCGACAAGGGUGUAUGGCAAGGUAUAGGUCGACUGAUGAAACAACCACAUGAAGGUUGGCGAUCUCUCUUCAAGGGACAAUAUACCAAUUGGCUUUAUGAAAUCUGUCAUUUGUUUUUACAACCUACUGUCGAAGGCUCUCUCAAUGAUGUUUUUGGUCUUUAUGAUGAUACUAUCCCAUUGGUACAUUUGGAUCAUGUUGGUCCCAACUUGGCUACUUUGGUAACAAGUCAUUUACUUGUUGGUAUCUUGCUUUCUCCAUUGGAAUUGAUUCGAACUAGGUAA